AUGACGGCGUUCCAAGUACUGUGCUCAUCCAUCAGCAAUACAGAAACAACUAGAGCCAUUUGCCAUGCCCCGACAAGCAACGACACACUCGAAAGUUUUCACUUGGGAUUUGAAGACGUUGGCCACGAUGCAGCCAAGCAAGUGCUGGAGAAGAAUGCAUACCUUCGGAACUUUGGUGGAUGGGCUCCCCACAGUUUACCAUUGGAAGUUUUAGAUACCUUCGACUUUUACCUCUCGGAUUUGAACAUUUUCGGAGAAAGAGCUUUGCUACUGGAAAAUCCUGAAAAUCACACACUGUGGGUGGAGGCAUUGGUCAAGUCAAGUUGGUCAAGUCAAGUUGGAAUGUUGCUUCACUGUUUUACUUUCUAUCAGAAAAUCCAGCCUUGA